AUGCGGGGCCUGGCCCGCUGGAUGCUGCUGGUGGCGCUGGCCAGCUGGGGCCGCGCGUUCGUGCCGCUGGCUGACUUCUACCCGUUCGGCCCGGAGGUGGGAGAUGCUGUCACUCCGAAGCAGGAUGACGGGGGCUCGGGGCUGCUGCCCAUCUCCGUCCCGUUCCCGUUCUUCGGAGCGGGGCACACCGGUCUCUACGUGAACAACAAUGGAAUUAUCUCCUUCCUAAAGGAAGUCUCCCAGUUCACACCAGUUGCUUUCCCCAUCUCUAAAGACCGCUGUGUGGUGGCUGCUUUCUGGGCUGAUGUCGAUAACCGCCGUGCAGGAGAGGUCUAUUACCGGGAGAGUAAGGAACAGGCUACCCUGCACAGAGCCUCGGAAGACAUCAGGAGAUACUUCCCAGAGCUCCCCAACUUCUCAGCAAAGUGGGUUUUCGUGGCUACCUGGCACCAGGUGACCUUUUUCGGAGGGAGCUCGUUUUCUCCGGUAAACACCUUCCAGACUGUCCUCAUCACAGAUGGCAAGCUAUCUUUUACCAUUUUCAACUAUGAGUCCAUCUUGUGGACCACAGGCAUGCACGCCAGCAGCGGGGGCGACUUGGCGGGACUAGGAGGCAUUGCCGCACAGGCAGGGUUCAAUGCUGGUGAUGGGAAACGUUACUUCAACAUCCCUGGCUCCCGCACCGAUGACAUCGUCGACGUGGAGAUGACGACAAAUGUGGGUAUCCCCGGGCGAUGGGUGUUCAGAAUCGAUGAUGCCCAGGUGCAAGUGGGGGGCUGCAGCAACACAACCUCUGUGUGUCUGAACCUGCGUCCUUGUCUGAAUGGAGGGAAGUGCAUUGACGACUGCAUCACCGGGAACCCCUCCUACUCCUGCUCCUGCCUUGCGGGCUUCACGGGGAAGAAGUGCCACCUGGAUGUGAAUGAGUGUGCCUCCCAUCCGUGUCAGAAUGGAGGGACCUGUGCACACGGCGUGAACAGUUUCAGCUGUCAGUGCCCUCCAGGCUUCAAAGGGCCCACCUGUGGGACAGUGGAAUCCCCGUGUGACUCCAAGGACUGUCAGAAUGGCGGCGAAUGCCAGACUGGAAACGGGACUGCGGAGUGCUUGUGCCAGCCAGGGUACACGGGAGAAAGCUGUGAAACUGAUAUAAACGAAUGUGCCUCUGACCCAUGCGUGAAUGGGGGGAAAUGUGUCGACCAGGUGGCUAACUAUACCUGCCUGUGUUCAGAGCCCUUCACCGGCCGUCGCUGUGAGUUAGAUCAGUCAGCCUGUGAAGACCGGAGCUGCAGAGACAGGCAGACCUGCAACUACAUCCGCCCAGGGCGCUACAUCUGCACUUGCUCCCCCGGCUACUACGGGAGCAACUGUCAGUACGGAGGCCCCAGAAUCCCAAGUGCCUGUCUCUCCGAUCCAUGCCAAAAUGAGGGCACCUGUGUGGAAACAGACCAGGGCUACAUCUGCGAGUGUCCCGACGGGUACACGGGCCCCAACUGUGCAGAGAAGCUCCCGGAAGACUGUGAGUGCCGUAACGGGGGGAGAUGCCUGGAUGGAAACUUCACCAUGUGCCACUGCCCCCCGGGAUACUUUGGUCUCCUUUGUGAAUUCGAAGUCACUGCCACACCAUGCAAUGUAAACACCCAGUGCCCUGACGGCGGCUACUGCAUGGAGUACGGCGGGAGUUACCUCUGUGUGUGCCACACCGACUACAUUGCCAACCACACUCUGCCUUCUCCCUGUGAUUCUGAUCCCUGCCUCAAUGGGGGCUCCUGUGAUGCCCACGAUGACUCCUACACUUGUGAGUGCCCACGAGGCUUCCACGGCAAGCACUGUGAGAAAGUAAGGCCGAGACUGUGCAGCUCUGGGCCCUGUCGGAAUGGCGGCACAUGCAAGGAGUCCAACGGAGAGUACCAAUGCAGCUGCCCCUAUCGCUUCACAGGGAAGCACUGCGAGAUAGGAAAGCCAGACUCUUGUGCCUCCGGCCCUUGUCAAAACGGGGGGACCUGCUUCCAUUACAUCGGCAAAUACAAGUGCGACUGUCCACCAGGCUACUCGGGGCGCCACUGUGAGAUAGCUCCCUCUCCUUGCUUUAUGAGCCCCUGCGAAAAUGGUGCCACCUGCAACGAUCUGGGCACAGAUUAUAGCUGCCGCUGCCGCGCAGGCUACACUGGAAAACGCUGCCAGUCAGAGGUGGACUGCGGCCCUCCCAGCUCAGUGAAGAACACCAAAGUGAGAUUCAACUCCACCAAGAUGGGCUCCCUGGCCGAAUACGAGUGUGAGCAGGGCUUCGUCCUCAGCUCCGGGAACAACCCCAGAGUGUGCAGAGCCCGCGGACUCUGGAGUGACCCGCCGCAGUGUGAUGAAAUCAAUGAGUGUGAAUCUCAGCCUUGCCUGAACGGAGGCUCCUGCAAGGACCGGAUCGCCAGCUUCCUCUGCGUCUGUGGCUCAGGAUACAUGGGGCCCCACUGUGAGCUGGAGAUUGAUGAAUGCCAGUCAGACCCCUGUAAAAAUGGAGGGACCUGCAAAGAUCUCCCAGCAUCCUUUAUGUGCCAAUGCCCUGAUGGCUUUGCUGGAAUCCACUGUGAAAAAGAAGUGGACACCUGUGACUCGAGUCCCUGUCAGCACGGAGGGAAGUGUGAGAAUGACGGUGGCUCCUAUCUGUGUGUCUGCCCAGAAGGUUUCUUUGGCUACCACUGUGAGAUAGCGAGUGAUCCGUGCAUCUCCAAUCCCUGUGGAGGCCGAGGUUACUGCCUCUCCAGCAACGGGUCCCACAGCUGCACCUGCAAGGUGGGCUACACAGGCAAAAACUGUGCAAAAGAGCUGCUGCCACCCACAGCGCUCAAGGUGGAAAGGGUGGAGGACAGCGGCAUCUCCAUCUCCUGGCGUCCCCCCGAGGACCAAACGGCCAAGCAGAUGAUUGAUGGCUAUGCGGUGACCUAUGCUUCCUUCGACGGUUCCUACCGACGAACUGACUUUGUGGAUCGAAGUCACUCUGCCCACCAGUUGCGGGCCCUGGCCUCGGGCAAAGCCUACAACAUCUCCGUCUUCUCGGUCAAACGCAAUGUGAACAACAAGAAUGAUAUCAGCAGACCUGUGGCGCUCGUCACCCGCACUCGGCCUCGGCCUGUGGAAGGUUUUGAGAUCACCAACGUGACAGCAUCGUCAAUCACAGUCCAGUGGGCUCUCCACAAGGUCAAGCACUCCACCGUCAAUAAAGUCCGCGUGUCCAUCCGCCACCUCGGGGACCAAGAAGACCGUGCCGUGGAGCUGGACCGGACCACUGACAAGUAUACAUUCUGGGAUCUCCUGCCAGGAGAGAGGUACAUUAUUCAUGUAGCCACCCUCAGUGGACUGGGCACAGAAGACCAUCCCUCAGAGAGCCUGGCCACGGCACCUUUCCAUGUGUGGACUCGUCCUCUCUCUCCUAGAAACCUGACAGCCUCGAGAGUCACUGCUACUUCUGCCCACAUGGUCUGGGAGCAUCCCCCUGCAGGGGCUUCUGUGGAGGGUUAUAUCAUCAAUGUGACCACAAGCCAGAGCGUGAAGAGCCGCUAUGUCCCCAACGGGAAGCUGACCUCCUAUACCAUGCGCGACCUGCAGCCCGGUCAAAGGUAUCGACUCUCGGUGACUGCUGUACAGAACACAGAGCAAGGUCAAAUGCACAGCGCCCCUGCCCAUCUGUACGUUACAACCUCACAGAGGGAUGGCUCUUCUGACAGAAGAUGGAGCCAAGGGGGGCCCCCCAGAGUACUGAGGAACAGACUGCCCCCAUCCUUUCUGCCUGAUCUUCGACUGCUGGCUGAUCGAGAGGUUUCAGAAGAACCAUCCCAGGCCCCCAGGUUUACUGAGCUGGUGGAUGGUCGAGGAAGAAUCAGUGCCAAAUUCAGCAGCGUCCCAAGUAAAUCAGUCACCGUGAGAUCACAACCAGAGACCCCCGUGAAACUGGAGAAUGUGGAAGAAUCCACCAACCAGAUCAGCCUGGCCCUCCAACUGCCCGAACCCGAAGGCAACAAAGAGGAAGAAGAUGACCACAGGAACUGCUCCAUCAACCCCUGCCGAAACGGGGGCACGUGUGUGAGUGGGACGGGCUCCUACAGCUGUGACUGCAGCCCAGGAUUCAAAGGCAGACACUGCGAGCUAACGUGUAAGAAGGUGCCACAUUCCUGUACACGCCUGUACUCAGAAACCAAGUCCUUUCCUGUCUGGGAAGGAGGAGUCUGCCACUAUGUGUACAAGAGAAUCUACAAAGUCCACCCAGACAUCUGCUACAAGGAGAGCUGUGAGGGCACAACUGCCAAGAAGACGCCCAGCAGGAAACAAAGCAACAGUCAAAUAGCAAGGAAACCUUAAGGGUCCGCAACAACUGGGCUUUCCCCUUGUCGACUCUAAGGGCUUUUAAAUCCCAGGAAGAUGAGAUCUACUACGUGGGUUGAAAGAGAACAGAGAGGAGAGGCACUUUACGAGAUGGAGCCCGCACCUCAGCAUCCUCCUCUCCUCGAGCCUCUCUGGGACACGCUGCCAGGCCUGAACACACCAGCACCUCCUCCUCUGGGGCCGUGGCCAAGGCUUCUUCAGUUUUCCUCAUUCCAGACUUAAUCCUCCAAGGUGUCUGCAUUCUUCCCCAGAUAUAUCACCAAAGGUGUUGCAGCAUGCAUCACAAGCCUUUGGAACGUAUCCGUGACUGAAAGACAGCAAAGUAUGGCUAUGCAAAUGAGAAGGGGUUAACUUAGCAGAGCACCGGGAGCACGGCCAGAUCGGCAGACCCCGGCUCACAACGUUCCAAGUAGACGUGAAUCUUCUCUCUGAGACCAAAAAAAUCAAAAUGGAGAAGAAACGUGAGCAGCCUCCAAACAGCCAGAGUAGAAAUGAAUUCUUCCCAAGCUGAAAAGCAACUUCGAGGGUUGUUUAGUGCUGCUUAGCCCUUUUUGUCCCUAGUCUUAUAAUCUGAAGAAUAUUUUUGUUCAUUGGUAUUUUGCAGGCUAGUAGUCCAUAGUGUGGGUUAGUGCCUUUGGUAUUCUGAAAGAAGAAAUGUUAAACAAUUAACACACUAUUUAGCUUAGAAACCUUUCUGUCUCUAAGAAUUUCAUAUGGGCUUUUGGUUGUGGGCACACUCAUCCCUUAGCUAGCAGAUCAGGUAUAGCCGGCAUGGCCGCACUGGGCUAAUGGGAAAAAGGUCUGCACGGUUGCCAUCAAGACAAACUGUUUUAGUCUACUGAGUCAUUAACCUAAAAUGUUUCAAGUUUUUGGUCCUUUACCAGAGGACACAUUAUCACUCACGAUGUUAACUUUUCAACAUGUUUCAAAAAUACUCCUCCCCCCAAAUGCUGUUAAAACAAUGGAAACCCUACUUGAUACUUAGAAAUGUUAACAUCAUUAUAGCAAGUGACCCCAAGUGGGCCCCAAAGCCACAGCGGACUGUGCCAGGCAUCAAUCCACAGUCAAGGGUGGAGACGGUGCUGGAAUGCGUUAGUGCUCUAAGACAGAGGGAAGAGGAGGAGAGCCAACCUUCCAAUUUCAGAGUUCUGUUUGUGAAGCAGCGAGGCAGCAAGGAUUGAGUGCCAGCAUACAGAGUCUACCGAGAUUCCUCUUACCUGUCCACACUCCCCAAGCACCCCAGGGUGCUGAAGGAAAUCAUGACCCAUUCAAACUAGAAGGCAUUUUUUUCCCCUGCAAGAUGUAGUCAUAUUUUAUAAGAGGAUUACUUUGAAGGAUUAGAAUCUGUUUUUAAAUUAUGAGAAUUAUAUAUGGUUAUGUCUCAGGAAAAACACACAUAUAUCAAUUAGCCAUUUUCAUAAAGGAAGAACGUGCCAAGGAGAUAAACUACAGUAAAUCUAACAAACUUCUACCAUUCCAAAAGCUGUACCCAAUCGCCACUCAAGAGAUUGGCUUUAGUUUAGUGAAGAGUCAGAAGAGAAGUGAGAGUGGCUAGAAAGGGUCAUUAAUAUAUAUAUAAAAAUAACCAUGUCUUUUUUUUUUUCUCAACAAUCCUGGGACUCAACAUUAUCACAUGAUGUCACUGGAAAAGUACAUGAGGGAAAAAGGACUUCUACCAUCAUGUUAACAACUCCUGGCAUCUCAGCAAAUGAGAAAACCGUUUGUCCGAUAGAACAACUUCUGAGUCUGGCCGUCCGUGGCCGUGCGACCCACCUCUUCUGAUGUUUUACAGAGAAAUGACAGCGUCUACUGAAAAAGUUUUUCUAAAUAUAAUACUGUUUUCACAGCAAUGACAUCUUUCAAUUUUGCCUUUAAAACAUUCCAAGCAAAUCUGUCAAGACACUUUUUCCUUAUGACUCACUCUGGACCUCUCCUUUCUUCUGUGAAAUCAUCCGAAGGCUACUGCCUCUUCCAAAAAGCCCAUCAGUUCACAAGGAGAGACUGAUGAUACAGGAUUGGGGUUCACCCACAGAGGAGCCAGGAAUCCCCCCUCCCCACUUCUUCUCAAAAGGGCAUAAUCAUUUGUGGUCCAAAUGAAAAGAACCAACCACCUGUAAAUUGGGGAACCCCUUUAGGAUCCCAUCUCACAUCUGACUGAUCAAGCCUAAGAACCCGGGCUCCAAAGAGCCACAUCAUUUAGAGUCCCAAAGGCAGAGGGAUGCGAUUAGAAUUUAGGCAGAGUGAAAGGGUUUCAUCUUUCAUGCCGCCAUCUCCAGAACGUAGCAGAUAGCUCUCUGAAACGUCCCCACCUCCAUCAUCACAAGAGACCUCCCCUUCAUGACAAAAAGGAGCUCACUGCAGGUGAACUGAAACAGAAUUUCCUUCUUGCCUCCCCCACAGGGCCCCCCACUGCCUGUGGCUGGAAUUGUCCCCAGUGAAAUGGCAGCUGUGGCCACCCUGGCCAGCAGCAAAGAUCUCUUUGGCCCCUCUUACCCUCUGGCCUGUGUCUUCUCUACUUGGCACACACAAACAUCGCGUUGCUGGAGAGAGCAGUAAUGGUACCUCCCAGUACUAAAUGCCCACACUGACCAGUUAAUGCUGAUUGUACAAAAUCAGGGCUAUGAAGCCCCCCAAAAAAAAAAAAUCUUGUUUCAAAUCUUGUUGGUUUGAAAUUUUUCUAAAUACAAUUUCUUUUUUUGAAGCCCCGUUUUGGUUGUGCAAGUAGGAGCCAGAAUGUAAGUAAAUCUAAAGAUCAACCUCAGGAAACUUGCAUUAAUUGACAUUUUUCCAUCUAUCUUGUUUAAUGAUAAUUUGUUAGUUAUUCCUCUAAAACCCAAUUAGCAGGUGGGGAGAAAGGUCAGGGCAUCAUAGAUCUGCGAUUGCUUGAUACUAAGCAACAAGCCUGAGUACAACAGAGGAUCACAGUUUGGGGUUAGCUAGCUCAACCCCCUCAUUUCACAAAUAAGGAAACAGGCCUACAGAGGUGGCUGUGCCAGGGUCCUAAGUCAGGUCCUCUGAGCCCAUCACAGGGUUCCAUCCCAUGGCAGGGUCUCUGCCAUGAAGAGUGGGUCUUUCCUAGGGAAUUCCACCUGUGUGGAAUUGAGUUGGCUUCACCAUCAUUCCAUCCUGAGGACACCCAGCUUUGCUGGGAAGAUGGGAUGCGAGUGUUUGCUAUGGCUGCCGCUAAUGAAACAUCAAGGCCGGUUUCAGAAAGGCCCAGCACAUAAGAGACUAGGCUGGAAAGUGAGCUGCCAGCCAAGUCACGGGGGUGAUGAGGAACAGGGCUCCUCCUUUGAUGGGUUUGUCACCGACUGCAGAACCUCGUUAAUAAUUAGCACGAAGCCAAAGGCUGAGUCAGACUUCAUUAACAGUCCUUACUCCACGAGGCAUUGCAAUUGAGAGUGACUCGGCCAUUUAGGUUAAGGACCAGGAGCCCUGGGAGGUAGCCAGGCACCUGCUGUAUCCUGCCGUGACCGCCCUCCUGCCCCUCCUUACUGUCACCUCUUACUGACCCAAUGCAAGGAAAGACAGCCCAUUCUUCCCCGUCAGAAGAAGGAGCCCCUCCCUCCAGGCUAGGCGAGCAAUUCACACACCAACAGGGCAAAAAGUGGGGUGGA